CAGCGGCCGGCAGCUCGGCACGUGUCGCCGUGCCUCUUCGCUCGUUUUAUUCGGCCCUGGUCCAGAGGAUCGGCCGCCGCAGACGCACAGGAGGCAACACACGGCAGGCUCACCUUUGGUCGCGCAGGUAGCAGUCAGCGGUAGCGAGGCCACCGGGCGGUCAUCAUGACGUUCCUCCAGCUCAAGACAUUCUGCUGCUGCUGUUGCCGGGUGCCCGUGGAGAAAGGAGCGCGCAACAUUGGCAUAGCUUUGGCGGUAAUGUCCGUGAUCGCCAUCGUCCGGAUAGCGCUCUUGCUGGUCAGGUUCCAGGCUGAGCGCGAUGACCCGGAGACACCCUUCAACGGGAUUCUGAAGAACAUGAACGGGGUUGACAAAGAGGCCUCGCUGGAGAACAGCCUCAACGCACUGGUGUUUCGGCUCUUCCUGGCCGUGGUGUGCCUGAUCUUCAGCGUCAUGCUGGUUAUCGGCGUCAAUAAGGCCAACCGCUGCCUGGUGCUGUCCUUCCUCAUCUACUUUGGUCUCCAGUUGGCCACCAACGCCAUCACAUUACUCGUCGGCUUCAUCAAUCCAGAGCUGGUCAUAAGCGAGAAGGAGCUGCAGCAGAUUAGAAAGGAGCACGACGAGGAAAUGGUAAAGGUCAUUAUGUACCUGGCGUUGGUCAUAAUAUUGUUCUUGGAGCUGUUCCUCCUGUACGUUUUCGUCGUGGUCCUCUCCUACUACAGGGAGUUGGGCGGGCGCAGGGAGCAGCAUGAGUUUCGUCAGAUCCCCAUGGUUUAAUGAUCAGCGGGUAUGACGCGCAAGCAGCGCAAGGAGCGUGCCGAAUCCAUCAGCCGCAAUCCAAGUAGCGCGCCGAAUCCAUCAGCCGCAAUCCAAGGAACGCGUCGAAUCCAUCAACCGCAAUCCAGAGGAGGGAGAGCUCUCUUUGUUGUUCAAGCAGAUCCCUGUUGACUGACGCUAGGGGCGGUUGUAACACCCCGUCGGCCUCAAGACUGGUAACGCGCCCUCCAGUAUCUACCGACGGUUUUUGUGACUAUAUAUUUAGUACUUUGUAGUACUUAUCGGCCUUAAAAAAGGAACGGCUUCUGUCACCGCGCUUGCUAUGACGACCCAUCUGAAUGGUUUGGUCCAGUUUGCCACAAAACAAGUUUAUGUUUCAUGUUCUUGGUGGCAAAUGAUGUGGCACCAGGAAGUUCUUUCGUAAAUUAAUGACUUGCUUUCUCACGGACAGGUUAGCCUGGUGAAUCUAAUGCGUAAAUGAACGCCAAGCCUCGCGGCUGCACCUGCCUGUGACGUAAAACAGCGCAUAACUUAAUUAAGAAAUAUACGGAUGAAGGCGCCAUUUUCCAUCAGAUUACGAUAACGGCGUGGCGAUGUGUCGAAAACAGAGAACCAGGGCCUUUGUCAUAUGUUGCUGGAUAGUAGGGAUCACGGAGAAUGCAAUGCAGUGAGUAUGCCAGCCAUCACACCAGCUGUCAUUAAACUUUAAAAUAUGUCAAUAUUUUUCAUUGAAGGGCUUCUCUGGCGGUAACUUUGCGUUACCGCACUUUCCAAAGCCCAUGACGAUAAAUAGAUGAUGAUCCCAUAAUUUGUAGAAACGCAACACGCACACACUAGUGGUGAACAACAAUGCACAUAUUAUGCAGAGGGCUAGGAAAAUUUUGUUUUCACGAUAAAAUUAUCGGAGCGAAGUAAGUAUUUAGGUACAUUUGAGCACAUCACAGACAAAAUUUGUCUCAGUCUGCGCGAAGCGGAUAUAUUUUUAGAGAUCGAGAUGAGUGAUUGACAGUAAGCGCAUCAUGAGAAAAAAUAUAAAUUGUAAUUUGAUAGAACUUCUAGCAGGGCGCAUCUGGGAUUAGCGACUAGACGGCACUUUACCAGGAUUUUCGACGGUGGACUAAGUUUUGAGGGCUGAUUACCAACCACAUUCACAAUACCAGGGACGUAGCCAAUAGAAUUGCCGAGGAGCCCUGCUUGCCCCCUGCCCCUCCUAUUUCCGCGACCCAAAAGAUUUACACUAGAUGCUGGAGAUUUCGCAAAAAUGUGGUCCACGUUCGCAGGUUUUUGGAGAAAGAUUGACAUUCCCCGCCACGCAAUAAAUAAAAUUUUGACUACGGGCCUGCACAGCAUCUCCGCACUGCGAGUUGACUCACAACGUCGCAAACGCGUGUAGCUACAGCACCUAAGGUAACAAGCUUGUCUUUGGGCUUAAAGCACUCAUCUUAGUUGCGUUUCGAAUAUAGUCAUAAACUAUGCGCUGAAUUUGGCACUACGUUUUCUCUGUUGGCCGUGUGAUGUGAAGCGAUGGUGGUUGAUAAGAUGCAAAACCCAAUGUGUUGUCCUGAUCACCAUUACUGCGGAUUUUUCUGAAAUCGAACCGUGAUGGGAGAAGUGCGCUAGAUUCAAACUUGAGACUAUAAUCCUGUGAGAUCCCCCCCCUCCCCCUGUUGUCCCCCGCGCUGCGUAUAUGGCUUGCAAACUGCACGCGGUGCAUUCGUGUCCAAAAUGGUAUUGGUGUGAUCCUGUCGUUUAGGGCUGUGGUUUCAUGCGGCUUUCUCGUCUCGUCGUGAGCUAGCUGGAAAUGUCUUAGAUGGAUAGGGUAAAACCUAAUCCCACUAGGGCAUCACCAACUGAGCAUUUUGGCAUGGUUACGUUUCAAUGAUUGGAACGAAACUUUGAUGGUGCUUAGGAGGAGACUUCUGCCAGCAUUGUGCCGUUUAUACGAAUAAUUUUCUACAAACAAUAUUUUUACCGAUGCUCUUGCAGUGAGCGAAGGAAUUAUCAAUUAUGAAGUAAGAAAAAUGAUGUGCCACUAGGGAUUUUAGAACACGUUAAGAGGGUCUGUUCACUGAAGCUAUUUCUUGACGGGUCGGGCAGAGUGUUUAAAUAAGAUGCUACUUGUCGACCAAGCAAAUUCGUUUUAAAUGAACCCCUACCCUUAAGAUGCUUACGCCUGAAACACAUUGUAUCUUCACGUCGCUAUUUUUGCUAGCCACCUUAAAUAAAUGUAGCCAUUAAUAAUCCGCAAGGCUGUUCCAAAGUGUAUUUAAUGUCUGGUACAUUUAAUGGCACUAUGGUGAAUACCUGAAAACUAUAUUCGCACCAGCAAAAAGAUACAAUGCGGCCUCAGUCCCUCAUUACUGCAAAUGGCACACCUACGAACGGUUUUUAAACACACGGGUAGGAAGUGGCUUUUUAGCUAAUAAUGGCUGGAAAUAAAAUACAUUUGGCAUCUUUCGGCUGUUUUGAAUAUGAUAUCCAGACGCAAAGCACAAUGCUAAGUAGUGAGUCGGAUUUCAGACGCCUUAUCAGAUAUAGAAUAUGCAUGGAUGUUAUCAAACAGCUAAAAUGGCGAGCUCCUAGAUAAGCGAGUUUUCUGGUUCGGAAAUUGGUUGAUAAUUUUUAAGUUGUGCUGUGAGUAACACUGCACCAACCUUUACAAACUGGUCUAUGGUGUUCUGCAUUAAAUUUCAAGCAACGCAGCGGCUUGAAGUAGAUUUGAAGUGUAUGAGGAACUAUCAUCAGAGUUCGGCAAAAGAAAAAAAAGUUUUGUGUGUGACAAAGGCAAAAAAGGACCAUUAAAAUGUGGCGCAUCGAUGCAGCUGUACCUAGCGAUAAACUGGGAAAGGUCAAUUAGAUUUUUACACGGACCAUUGUUGACCAUUCUGCGUGGGAAACGUAAGUCAAUGCCCUCGAGACUGAUGCAAUUGUGUCCCUGAAUAGCACCGCAUGACAAGAUGCAUUUGGUGCUGACAUCCCCUUGCUUACAAAAACAGUUAAGUUGCAGCUGGUGCAUUUUGGGCAAAUUUCUAGGGUAGUUUGCAGGUUUUCUACAUUUGAUAAGGAUGGGCUAUGAAGAAAUAACAGCUGAACACUACGAGCUGCCGUUCGCGUGAAUGCGUUUACACGCAUUCGUAUCCACAGAGUAUCCAUAUUCGCCUCUUAUUCUUGUUAGUGCAAAUUUUCGCGGCAGCUAGAUCGGUUGUUUCACUGCAUGGGACAUGUUUACAGCUGGCAUUCAGCCCUUUGGCCGUGACUUUGGCCGCGCGUGUGCCGUACCUCAUUCCCUGUGCCCCCCCCCCCCCCCCCCCCCGGCGGAGCGAGAGCGGCUGCUCUGCGUUCUGCCGGGUAUAGAUGCGGGUCCAGCAUCGCCAGGAGGCCUGGCUGACCUCACAGCUGUGGAGGGGAAGUCUCGCAACUCAACCCACCUGGCCGGCCCGUCGGGAUCUCUGGAAAGGGUCAGGUCUAGUCAGGCCAGGUGUAACGCCAGCAGCGGCUGACGGCUCUCCUGGCCCCCCCCCCCCCCCCUGGCCCCGUGCACCGUGGGUGUCACGCCCGACCUGACUGUGCAGGUCAUGAUGUUGUUGUAGUUCGAACUACCGUCUUCGUCUGGUGUGUUAGUGCUCGCAGAUUUCUUUUAGUCACGUUUCCGGCGGUCGUCAGGUGUUUGAAAGUUUGCGUGAUGUUUGGCGUUCACCCCGAUAUGAAUCACAGCUCGUCUCGAACUGGAAUUGUUUGGAUUCGAACCAAAGUCAUUGGCCUGUGAGUCCACUCAUCUACCAACUUGGCUAAACGGAAAGGACGAUAUUUCUGUGCUACAACUUGGUGGCAUGCAUUUCCUGGGUAUUUGAGGGAUUUCUAGCCAUACAUGGCUGAAUGCUAAGCACCAUCCGGUCACUAGGAUUCCUGACGGCGACCGGAGACUGAAAUAGCCGAAACAUCGUGUACAUACUAACACACCAUCGGACGAGGAAGGUAGUCUGAGUAACGAUUAUUCCGCCUCUGAUUCUACUACGUCGUUUCAAUCCUUCCGUCAGACUAUGCAUCUACAGAAGCUGUAGCACAGCCGAAAUACAGUCGCAGAAUAUCGAACGGACUUCUUUGCCAAACUGCUGGUAGAUGACUAAAUGUAUCGCACUGGACGUAGAAGCGUUCUGACAAGAGUUCGUGCCAAGUCCCGUUUCCAGGUCAUUCUUCCCAUGCAUCGUAAUAUGCUUAACUAUCAAGAGUAGUGGGAAAGCCGUGCCGUCUACCCCGCUCUGCACCGCUUUUGUCUCGAUUGUUCGGAGCUUAGUUUAACUUGCCCAAGGCUACGCGGCUUAACAUCUAUGUACCUCAUGCAGUCUUACUUUUCUGUUACUUUCUAUCAACUAGCUUCCGAAAUUAACUACUCACGCUCGAGGCUGACUGCUCAUUUAACAGUCUGAUUGAAUAACACCAUGGACGCCUUUGCUGUUUGGCUUGAAUGUUAUGUCUUAUAUAUAAUAUACCUUACACUCUGGAAUAGCAUACCGUCGAGCUUUUCCGACGCAGGGCUUGUAGUGAAAGCUGUGAGUUGUGACUCGCAGAGAUAGAUGGCUCGCGGUUGCGCGGGGUCGUAAAGAAAAGUAGGUGUGCACCUUGCACAUGACGAUAUGCGCACGGCUUACUGUACGUGUAAGUGUCUUGUUGGCAGUUCGCUUAUUGUGUUUGUUGGUGGGACGCAAAAACAAACCCCAUUGCACAUGCUGUAUUCUCAAAGAACUAAAUGCGCUUAUACUGAAUCACACACUUGAUGUCGUGUUUUAAAUGUCGUGCAGGCUGUGCCAAUUGAAAUACGCUUGCAUAGAAUGCAAGGGGCCUGCGUGAUUAAGGUAUCGCGGCCCCUAGGAGUGUCCACAGCAUAACGCGGACCGAGUAGGUCCGCAGAAGUGGGAUGUUGAAAAUGGUCGCCGUGAUGUCAUAGGCACUUGUCAGUCACUGUCCUGGCGAUGUCAUGUCUGGCCUGAAGCAGGCGUUACCUGUCAGUGAUCCGUGAAGGCAGCUCACUCUCCGUCUAUCGCUUUGCCGUGUCGCGUGUAGUAUGUGUAGUCAAAUACAUGCGUUCGU